AUGGCUGACCUUAUUCGGCCCGCUUUGUUCUGCAAGCACUGUGAGAUAGACGGACAUGAUGUCGUCCACUGCCAUCGUCUUUUUAAGGACUUGACUAGCUUUGCCACAGCCGUUGGCAUUCCAACUGGACAGCGCACCCAGAGCUCGAUAUAUCAGACUUCUGGAAUGCGGACACCCUACCGUGUCGCCCGCUGGGGCAAGAGAAAGAAGUCUAUCAACUAUGCUUCAUUCACCGCCGCGUCGGGAGUCCCUGGUCAGGGCAACCACACCUCAUCGACCCUGAGAACAUAUCUGAACCCAGUUGAGGCCCAGAUGCUGGCCAACUACUUGGAACAACACCGACGUCAGUGGUUAUCGCGUCGCAACUUUUGGGCACAUCUUUUUAUGUAUGAGGUGCCCUGGCAGCAGGAACACGGCAGCGACGUGCCACGUUGA